AUGCAAGCAGAGGUGGAACUGGUCUUACUGGGCCCAGGCACCCCGGGGGGGGAGCGGUACCGGGUGAGGGUGACGACGGGGUCCCAGUGGGGCGGGGGGACGCUGGCAGCCGUCACCCUCAGCCUGGUGGGGACGGGGGGACAGAGCCCCCCCUGCCACCUCGACUGGCCCCGCCACCGCCUGCGCCCCGGCACCACGGUGGUGACGGAGGUGACGUCACCGCGGCCCCUGGGGACCCUCCUGCUGCUGCGGCUGUGGAAGGAGCCACUGGUGUCCCUGGUCCCCGACCGAUGGUUCUGCGCCCGCGUCACCGUCACCGGGCCCCUGCGGGAUGGGGACACCGGGGGGGGUGACACCGGGGAUGACGACGUCGCGGGGGACGAUGUUGGGGACACCCCCACGGCCACCUUCCCCUGCUACCGCUGGCUGGAGAGCGGCUGCCUGGAGCUGCGGGAGGGCACCGCCCGGACACCGCGUGCGGCCGCCUGGGAGCCGCGGCUGCUGCAGCAGCGCCAGGAGGAGCGGAAGGAGCGCGAGGAGGCCUUCCACCAGGUCCGGGUGCGGCUCCGGGGGCUUCGCUGUGGUGGCUCCUGGCGCAGCUUCGAGGACCUGCAGGAGGUGCUGGGGGGGCCGGGGACCCCCAUCAGCGAGUACGUGGUGCAGCACUGGCGGGACGACGCCUUUUUCGGGGAGCAGUACCUGAACGGGGUGAACCCCGUCCUGCUGCGCCGCUGCUCCCGCCUGCCCCCCAACUUCCCCGUCACCCCCCCCAUGGUGGCGCCCAGCCUGGGCCCCCACACCUGCCUGCAGCGCGAGAUGGAGGGGGGGCGGCUCUUCCUGGCCGACUACGCGCUGCUGGAGGGGCUCCCCACGGGGCGCGGGGGGGGGGAGCCCCAGUUCCUGGCCGCCCCCCUCUGCCUGCUCUGGCUCAGCCCCCGCCGGCAGCUCCUGCCCGUCGCCAUCCAGCUGUCCCAGCACCCCGGCCCCGAGGCUCCCAUCUUCCUGCCGGGGGAUGGGUGCUGGGCGUGGGCGCUGGCCAAGCUGUGGGUGCGGGGCGCCCACUUCACCCUGCACGAGGCCGUCACCCACCUGCUGCACACCCACUUCCUGGGGGAGACCUUCGCCAUGGCCACCCACCGCCUGCCCGCCUGCCACCCCGUCUACCAGCUCCUGCUGCCCCACUGCCGUUUCACCUUCCACAUCAACAUUUUGGCCCGGGACUCGCUGCUCAGCCCCGGGGGGAUCAUCGACAAGGCCACGGCGGUGGGGCGGGAGGGGACACUGGAGCUGGUGGCCCGAGCGACGGCGGCGCUGACCUACACGGAGCUGUGUGUCCCCGAAGACCUGGAGCACCGCGGGGUCACCGACAUCCCCAACUACUACUACCGCGACGACGCCCUGGAGAUCUGGGGGGCCAUCGAGAGCUUAGUGCAGGGGAUCGUGGCGCUCUACUACCCCGAGGACAGUGACGUGGCCGAGGACCACGAGCUCCAGGACUGGGUGGGCGAGAUCUUCACCUAUGCCGUCCUGGGCAAUGAGAAGACAGGCUUCCCCUCAAAGCUCUGCAGCUGCCCUGAGCUCGUGAAGUUCCUCACCAUGAUCAUCUUCUGCUGCUCCGCCCGGCACGCCGCCGUCAACAGCGGCCAGUACGACUACGCCGCCUGGAUGCCCAACACCCCAGGGACGCUGCGGCGGCCACCACCAAGGACGAAGGAGGAGGCCACCGCUGAGCUGCUGCUGGAGACCCUCCCGUCCCCCGACGCCACCGGCGCCCUCCUGGCCCUGCUCAGCGUCGUCAGCUACGAGGGCGGAGAACCGCGCCCGCUGGGCUCCCGCCCCCAGGAACACUUCAGUGGGGCGGCCCCACGGCGGCUCCUUGGCUCCUUCCGACAUCGCCUGGCCGCCAUCUCCCACCGCAUCCAGCGCCGCAACGCGGGGCUGGCGCUGCCCUACCCCUACCUCGACCCCGCCUGCGUCCAGGAGAGCGUCGCCAUCUGACCCACAACGUGUCCCCAAACCCCACUGGUGGUCCCCAACCCCCCCAAGAUGUCCCCAACCUCCUUGGACCAUCUCCAACCCUUCCCGUGGUAUCCCCAACCUCCCCAUCCCACCACCCCUCAACAUGUCCCCAACCCCCUCGGGGGUCCCCAAGUGCCUUGGACCAUCCCCAACCCUCCCUGUGGUGACCUCAACCUCCCCAUCCCAUCACCUCCCAACCCUCCCCAAGAUGUCCCCAACCUCCUUGGACCAUCCCCAACCCUCCCCGUGGUGUCCCCAACCCACCAUCCCACCACCCCCCCAACAUGUCCCCACCCUCCCAAGAUGUCCUCAACCUCCUUGAACUGUCCCCACCCCUCCCAAGAUGUCCCCAACCCUCCCUGGACCGUCCCCAAGCUCCUCGAGGUGUCCCCAAACCUGGGUCUGGUCCCUGCUCCAUCCCCACCCCGUCCCACCAUCGUCCCCCAUCUGGCCCA